AUAUUACAGACUUGAGGAAUGACAGUCUCAGUGUUGACCUUGUUGAGGGCAAUAUUACAGACUUGAGGAAUGACAGUCUCGGUGUUGGCCUUGUUGAGGACAAUUAUAGAGAAAUCAACCUUUCCACCUUUGUCUAUUAUGGAGGAGAUUUCCUAGAACCUCCUUCUGUUGCUUAUGGUUUUCCCCACUUCGGUAUAGACAGACAACUCAAUUUAACAGAGACAUUCAUCUUAGUCCCCGAUGAAGGCAUUACAGUUACUACCCAAUUCUACCUCUCCAGUCUGUGGCUGACCAAGUUUGUGCCAUCGGUGUACACCCUGGUGGUUGCUGUGUCUUUGCCCCUGAAUGUCAUGGCAAUCAUGGUGUGUGUGUUCAAGGUAAAAAUCAAAGCCCCAGCAGUGGUCUACAUGAUAAAUCUAGCGGCUGCCGAUGUGCUCUUUGUUAGUGUCCUGCCAUUCAACAUCGCUUAUCGGUUCUCUGGAAAUAACUGGAACUUUGGGGAUGGAAUGUGCCGCUUUGUCACUGCUGCCUUUUACUGCAACAUGUACUGCUCCAUCCUGCUCAUGACAGGCAUCAGUGUGGACCGCUUCGUGGCUGUGGUAUACACAAUGAAGGCUCUUACCUGGAGAACAAAGAAAAGAGCCUGGCUGGUCUGCUUCUUCAUCUGGAUAAUAUCAAUAGCCAGCUCACUACCUCUUCUUAUAUCCAACCAAACUAUGCAUAUAGCCACACUAAACAUAACAACUUGCCAUGAUGUCUUGGAUGUAGGUGACCUCAAGAACUUUUAUAUGUAUUACUUUACCACUUUUUCUUUAGUUUUCUUCUUCCUUCCAUUGGUUAUUACCACUGUCUGCUACAUCGGCAUCAUCAGGACACUGAGAACCAAAGACAUUGAGAAUUCUUGUAAGAAAACAAGAGCGGUGAUACUUGCUGCUGUAGUCUUUUUUGCUUUCCUGAUUUGCUUCGGGCCAACCAAUGUCAUCUUUUUAAUCCAUUAUUUGCAUUUCCGUAAUAAUAUUGAUGAGUCUAUGUAUUUUGUCUAUAUUCUGUGUACUUGUAUCAGCAGUGUCAGCACCUGUCUGGAUCCACUCAUCUAUUACUACGCUUCUUCAAAGUAUCGGAAGCAUGCAUACAGUUUGCUAGGCUAUAGAAAGGCAAAAGCAGUGCAGUCAGCAACACAAAAGCUAACGGGACAAAAGGAACUUUCUACAGAAAACACUUCUACUCUAUAUUAACAAUCCAAUAUGUACCACUAAGCAAACCUUUUUUUUAUAUAUCUAAGCCUAGGUUCACACUGCUGCGAAUUCAAAAUCGCGGUAAA